CUUUUCAUAAUAUUCCGCGGAUUAGUAUGGACAGAACUUGGGGGCGCUAGUGGUUUUGACGAUCCUACGAAAAAGGUCGGGGUGGCCGUUCUCAGGUUUCUCUCUAUAGCGGCAAACUUCAUAUAUAUAAUAUUUAUGUGAUGACACAUGCUUCAAAGGUUAUAGGUUAUAUUCCGGGGAAUGAUGAAUGAUAACCGUGCGAUUGAAACACAUAAUUGUAUUAAUACAUAUUACAACGAUCUUUGACAGAUCAUUGGAAAACAAUCAAAUAUCCGACUCGAAGGUUAUCAUGAAACGACAGGAAGAAACCUUGGCGGGAUGGAAUAUUGUAUGGUGGUUAUUUAAAUUAUUCGGUCUCCCAAUUACUAUUCCUUGGCUGGUAUAUCAUUUUUAUGAUAUCAUGCAGCAAAAACGAAGAAGGUCAGCUCUUAGCAAGAAGGUGGUGAUGAUAACUGGUGCUAGUUCUGGAUUAGGAGAAGCUUUGGCACAUGUAUUCUAUAGCUCAGGUUGCAGAAUUAUCCUUGUAUCUCGCAGGAAAGAAGAGUUAGAGAGAGUAAAAAAUGAUCUGAUGGAUACUCAUCAAACUGUUCUAACUUAUCCACCCAUUGUUUUACCAUUAGAUUUAACUGAUAUUAAUAACUUGAAAAAUGAAGUAUCAAAAGCUAUAAUGAUACAUGGCAGAAUUGAUAUUCUAAUUAAUAACGCUGGUAUUUCAUAUAGGGGAGAAGUUAUUGAUACAAACGUCGAUGUGGACAUAAAAGUAAUGCUAUCAAAUUAUUUCUCUCAAGUUGCAUUAAGCAAAAUUGUUCUUCCAUACAUGAUACAGCAACAAUCGGGUCAUAUAAUUGGCAUAAGUAGUAUUCAGGGGAGAAUAGCUAUUCCAUUUAGAUCUGCAUAUGCAGCAUCUAAGCAUGCAUUACAAGCUUGGUAUGAUACUGCCAGAGCAGAGCUGGCUGAUAAAAACAUUAAAUUUACAGUCGUCAAUCCAGGAUAUGUCAAAACAUCUCUUUCUCUAAAUGCCUUAACAGGAACUGGACAAGUUUAUGGAGUAAUGGACAAAACAACUGAAAAUGGUUAUGAACCAAAAUAUGUAGCCAAAUGUAUUUUAAAAUCUGUAUUGAAGCAAGAGAAAGAAAUUAUUAUUGCACCAUUUUCUCCAAAGUGUGCUAUAAUACUUAGAACUUUAUUACCUUCACUCUUUUUCUGGAUUAUGCAAAAGCGUGCAAAAAAAUUAGCACAUAAUAAAUAAUUUUAUUUUAAUUGUAAAUAUCACUAUUUAAUUAAAGACAAGGUUUUUAUAUAUUGGUUGUGGAUUUAUGUUUUUAUAUAGAGAAUUAUUUAAAAAUGUAAUUACAUAAUUAUAUAAUAUGAAAAAGUAAUAUAAACAAAGGAUAAUAUGUAAUUAAUUUCUGAGUUACUGCAUUCUAGGAUAACAAAUAAAAUACAUUAUUCAAAAGUAUAUUUUUUAUUUGUAUUGUAGCCACUUUCUGACUAGUGGAGUAUCUUUACAUUAUGUACAUUUUUUUAUUAUGAAAUUUUAAUUAAAACUGACACUGAAAUAUUUAGAUGUCGAAUGUGCUAUCCAUCUCUCGAUGUAAGGCUCACAAAAUUAAGUUCCACUUUUUCAAAUUUUAAGUGGUAGAGAUCUAUUACAUAUAGUCAUUUAAUUAUUUGUUGCAUAUAUCAUUUUUAAGAUAUUAAAAUAUUAUAUUUUAAAGACAAAAUAUAGCAUAUAUAUUGUUAAAUGUUAUUUAUAAUAAAAAUAUACAGUUUAUUCUUAUAAGAGUAAUAGAUAGCACAUCUAUUUAUGAUACUAUUCAGUAUGUUAUUAAAAUUAUUUUAACAUUUCAUUUAAUUUUUUCUACUUAAGUGAUAUGAAUUUACUUAAAAUAUAAUAAUUUUAAUAAGACUUGAAAAAAUGUCUACAGUAAUAAAAUCUGACUGUAAUGAUAAAUUUAACCAUUCCAAUUUGUAAACUCACAUAUAUAUUGAUCACAUUUUCAUGGUUUUUAUGGUUUUUAUGGUUUUCGUAAUUAUAUUACUUCUAUUCUUUACCUUAAUCUAACGGAAUAGAUUAUGUAAAGAAAUAUAAUAAAAA